UUGACGUUGGAGUGGACGAGGCCCGACAUGGACCCCAGAUUCGUCCAUGUGAUGCGUUCUGGUCACGAACUUGUGGAUAAAAAACACCAAUUAUUCAAGGGAAGAACCUCAAUGUUCACCGAUGAGCUGAAGAACGGAAACAUUUCCCUGAAACUCUCCAACGUACAACUCUCAGAUCGGGGGAAAUACAGAUGUUUCAUUCCAGCGCUUGGCAGGCAAGCUUUUGUUCAACUGUUUUUUGCAUCCGGCUCUUCCUCUCCGCCUGUCAUCAGUUUAUCAGGACUGGACGGUCAGAGCGGAGGAGUGGUGCUGCAGUGUGAGUCUGCAGGCUGGUAUCCGGAGCCUGAGGUGUUGUGGCUGGACGCUGAGGGAAAGCUCCUCUCUGCUGGACCUCCAGAGACAGUCAGAGGUCCUGAUGACCUCUAUACUGUCAGCAGCAGAGUGACUGUGGAGAAGAGACCCAGCAACAGCUUCACCUGCAGAGUCCAGCACCACAACACCACCCACACCACACAGACACACUUCCAUGUUCCAGGACAGCUGAUGAAACCUGACGCUGUGCAGAUGGAGGCUUUGAAGGGAAACGUCGGAAAGAAGAGGAAAAAGAAAAAUCAAUCUGAGCAGCAGCUGCUUGAGGAGCAGAGGAGGAGGAAGGAUGCUGAGAAGGAAGUCCAGACUCUGGAAGAGCAGCUGCAGAACAAGAAGAAAGAGGUUGAAUCCAAACAGUCUGAGCUGCAGGAUCUCCAUGCAGAGAAACAGAGGAGCGAGAAGGAGCUGCAGAGCCUGAAGGGAGAUCUGUGGAACAAGAACAGAGAGCUGGGGAGAAUUCAGAGGAGCCUAAACAGCGUUUCCAGAUAUGAUCAGACUUCGGAAAGAGAAGAAGAACAGAAGAAGAAGGCUGAAGCUGAACAGGAAGUGGACACACUGGAGAAGGAGCUGGAGAGCAGACAGAAGGAAUCAGACACCAACAUCACAGAGUGUGAAGUGAAGGAAGCUGAAGUCCAGCAGCUGCAGGAGGAGGUUCAGAGGAUGGAGACCAGCCUGCAGACCCUGAUGGAGUCCAUCAACACGGAGCUGGAAAGAAGCCGAGCUGCUGAAGCCAGUUCUUCCUCCUCUUCACGGUUUAAACAGAAGAGAUCUUCCAGAAAUGAGUCUCAGGAGGAUCAGAAGAGGAGGGAGGAAGCUGAGACAGAAGUUUCCAUCCUGAAGGAGAAGCUGCAGAAUGAGUCCAGAAAGGUGGAGAGACUACAGGCUGAUCUGCAGAGAGGAGGAGAGGAGACGAGGAGGAGGGAGGAGGAGAUGAAGAAGGAGGUGGAGAGACUACAGGCUGAUCUGCAGAGAGGAGGAGAGGAGAAGAGGAGGAGGGAGGAGGAGCUGAAGGAGGAGCUGAAGGAGAUAAAAGAGGAAACUGAGAGAAAACUAGCUGACCUCUGGCAGAUUGAGGAGAAGCUGAAGGAGACACAGAGUCUACUGGAGAUCCAGAGAACAGAGAACAUCAGAGUGAAGACAGAGUUUGAGAAGAAGCUCCAGGAGGAGAAGAGAGGAAGAGAGGAAGAGAGGAAGCUGAGAAAGAAGUGA